AUGAGAUCAAUAAAUGUUAGUUUCAGCUUGAAUUCUAAGAUUUUAGUUGCAAGUUUAAGUCUUCCGGAAACUGCUACAAUAGGAAAGCUGAAAGAAGGUCUCAAAAAUAAAAUUUUUGAAUUUAAUAUUGGUGAUAUAAUCAUAAUUAUGGAAAAAUCAAACGGAACAAUUGAAAUUCUCGAAAAUAACAAGACUAUAGGAUCGAUAACAACAAAAAGCGAACUAAAUCUUAAAGCAUUACCAAAAAAUUUAUUAUGCGUCUUCAAAACAGUCGAUACAUACACACAAAAGCAAAUUGAUCUUCUCAAACCAGUUAUAGAAGUAAUAGCAGAUGUUACAAAUGACAAUCCACUUUAUUAUUUGAUGGGUUUUCAGUUUUUAGGAAAAGGCAAGAAGAAAACAGUAUGCAAAGUCUGUUCCUACUCCCUUCCAUUAUGUAUACAGACAUGGUUUCAUGAUCCAAUUAUGUUAGUUAAAAAAUGCAGAAAAAUGAAUUUAAACGAAUGCGAUGAGCAAACGAUUACUAACAUGAUAGAGAACUGUAGAUUCGCCAACAAGCUAUCUUUAUGCGCUUACUCUAUAGAUAUUUGGGGAAAAUUAGCAGCUUAUCAAUUUUUAUCGGAAAAAGUACCUUCUAUUACAGAAAGCUAUAUCAGACAGAAUAUUAGUCGUUGCGUUUCACCAGAUGUUAAAGCCUCAUCAGAAGCAGAGAUAAUAGAAAAAACAAUUUAUCAUGUUCGACGACAUUCCAGGAUGGAUGCAAAAUCUGCACGUCAGCAUUUCUUCAGUACACUUCUAAACGAAGGAUGCCAAUGCGCAUUUAUGGAAAAGGUCAAAUUUAAAGUUGUAGGAUCUUUAUUUACAAUUCGCCGCUAUUUAUACAUAACUAAUAGUAAAAUAUGGGUUACAAAGGACCUCUCUACCAAUGUUUUGGAACAAGGAAAGACGUCUGAGAUCGUAAAAACAUUUUUUGAUGGAGAUUGUUUGAUUAUUGAAUUUGUCACAGGCGUAAAAUGGUCGCUUAAGUCUAUUCGUCCAAAAGUCAUCAAGAGCUACAUUGAUGACAUCACACACAACGCGUUUCGUGAAUACCAGAUUCCGAAAUCGAUAGAAGUAAGUGAAUCAGCAUCAAGUAAAGAUUCUAAAUCAGGAAUUCUGCCAAAUAAUGAUGAUGAAAUGGCUGCUCUUGCUCCUUUUUACAAAGUUGACAAUGAUGAUAACGAAGAAGACGGAAACUACCUUAAAUUCUCAAACCAAUCAGUCAAUAUAUCAACAUAUCAGCUGUUAAAUGAUGCAUCAAAAGAAAGAGUUUCUAAAAUGGGAAACAGAGUCAGAUCUUUGAAACAAGUACCUUCUUGCAUUCCAAAACUCAAGAUCCCAGAACAGAGUUCUCAAAACGACGUAGUUAAUAUAAAGAGGAUGUCAAUGAGUGUCAUUUCAAUAGUGAAACCUGUUGACGAAACAUCAAAUUUGAUUGAUGAACAAUAUUCGAUGCCGACAUCAGAAGAGUUCUUCCAAUACACAGGAUACGAAGUGCUCAUGGAUAAUAAGGCAUUGCUAUUAUGGAUCUGUAUAUUAGUGCUCUUAAUAUCUAUUGCAAGAUAUUUCGGAGUUGGAACUAAGAAAUAA